UGCUCGCUGCGCCUCGGUCAAUCCGCGACUAGUAUGGCGCUACGCGCUCCGACACAGCAACGUACGUAGCGCGCUUGCCAAUCGACGGCGGUUCGUGCACCGCGAUUACGCUACCCGAAAUCUCGAAAAACGCGCGCGAAUUUUUCGCCAGCCGCCCAUCGCGUCUCGCAGGCUCGUCCGCGAUCGGUGCCCGGGAGAAGUGCGCGAGGCGACGUUACCGUUCCGACAAUUCCGUGGAAAGAAAGACGGAAGCCGUUUAUUGUUGUCGAAGAGUCAGACACCCGGAAGGAGGGACAGAGGGAACGAGAGCCGAUGGGAGAGAGAGAGACAGCCGAUUGAUCUUUCUGGUUCGGGGAUAAUAUGUAACCGCGUGCACCGCUGGCUGACCCGGUGAGAUCGCAGAGGACGCCGGGUGGUAAGUGCUGAUUGCGUUGCGGUAACACGGACUGCGAUAAGCGCGCGCCAGUAAUAAGUGAAAUGAUAGCGUCGUUAGCCGCGGCCUGCGACACGAGGGCGGAUGGUAGCUGCGGCAGGUGUCUCGUCCGGCACUGCUGCUGAGGUAACGAUGCCAGAGGAUCGGCCGACGCCGGGACCAGACGGGACAGAGAGGAGCAAACGGAUUCGCACGCACCGCUAGAAACGAAAGAACGCCGAGGGACGAACGGCCGCGCCGACGAACACGGGGACGAACAAGUGGCGAGAAACGAUCGAGCCAGAGAGAGGGAGAGACAGAGGAAGGGGCUCUCUGUGUCAACUGCACAGCUGAUCGCUGAUAAACAUGAGAGUGCCGUUCCCGCCGCCGCCGUGUCACGCGCCUCUUAUCAAUUAACCGCGGCCACGCUCGCACGAACCCGGACCUGAGCCGGACCAGUCCUCCGCGCAAAAACAAUCGACGGCUGGGAUCUCUUCGGAGGCCGAUCGACGCAAAAUGGCAUGUCCAUUCUCGAGCGAACGCUUCAGCGCGAGCUGCGAUGACGGGAACGGGGACGAGGGCGAAGACGCCCAGAGGAUCGGCGGAAUCGGCCGCAACGAUGCCGCCAAGUCCAGACAAUCCUCCAUCGAAGUCACCACGUUGCUGGCACGCGAGGAGCUCGAGGACGCCGAAGACACGCAGACGCUGAACCUGAAACACCUGAGCGACGCUGUCCUAGUCCUGACCAAUCCAACGAACGGGGCAGUCGCCAUUGCUCUGGAGAACGUUUUGCGUCAAGAUGAGGAUCUAAUACAAACCACGGGACCGCUAGACAAGAUCCUCCUCGACAUCGAUCCCGAGAAGAGGUUAAGCUUACUGAAGAAGAUUUACGAGAUACUAACUUAUAACUUCGUUUCAGACUCCGGCAAGGUGAAGUUUUUCGAACGCCUCGGUGAACAGCUGAUCCAUACUGCUUGCGUGGGUCUGCUCGAACGAGCAUUCCGUUGCCUCGGGAACGAUCUGACGGCCUUCCUGACCACACUCGACGGUGUAAACGACGUUGUACAACAUCAAUCCGGAUCAGAAGCGGAGGCAGAAUUCGUAUGCAUCGCUACGCCGGAAGCGAUAGAACUACAUUUUACAACCGAGCACCCGUCUAUCGCCUAUUUGCUGGGCGGCAGCUUGAAGAUCAUCGCGAAGAAAAUUUAUCACGACGAUGCGGACGUGAAAAUCAUUCCCAACCGCUUCUAUCCGUUUGUGUGUAGGUAUCGUAUCAUCCCGGAGCGUUACAGUGAACGAUCGAACGUCGAUUCGGAGAUCGACAAUUAUCUCGACACGGGCACGUCUACUUUCCGUCCACUCUCGACUGAGGCCACGGACCUUCGCAUGGGAGUCGCGAGCUUCUGCAAAGCGUUUCCAUGGCACUUCGUCAUUGAUCGAAAUUUGGAGCUCGUGCAGCUUGGGGUCGGAUUCAUGAGGAUUUUCGGACAACAUCUAAACCGAUUGGGGCGAGAGAUAUCGACGUACUUCGCUGUUACACGACCUCGCGGGGUUAUACUCGUCUUCCACCAGAUACUGAGGCGUGUGAAUACACCUUUUAUGCUGACCCUAAAGAGACCGCAGGGUGUCGAUAAAUAUCCCGCAGAGGGCUUAGAGAUGAAAGGUCAGAUGGUCUACUGUCCAGAAUCGAAUUCCAUCCUAUUCGUAAGCUCGCCGUUUCUGAACGGUCUGGAAGGGCUGACUGGUCGAGGACUUUUUAUAUCUGAUAUUCCAUUACACGACGCUACGAGGGACGUAAUUUUAGUAGGGGAACAAGCUAGAGCACAGGAUGGCUUAAGAAGGCGGAUGGACAAGUUGAAGAGAUCCAUCGAGGAAGCAAACCUUGCUGUGUCCGCGGAGAGGGAAAAGAACGUUAGCUUGCUUCAUCUUAUAUUUCCUCCGGACAUAGCGAAACGCUUGUGGUUAGGGGAAACUAUAGACGCAAAAAAUUAUCCCGAAGUGACCAUGCUUUUCAGCGACAUCGUCGGUUUCACAGAGAUUUGUUCGACCGCGACGCCAAUGAUGGUCAUCAAUAUGCUUCAGAAUCUUUACGAACAGUUCGACUCGUUUUGCGGUCAGCUGGAUGUGUAUAAGGUAGAAACGAUUGGAGAUGCGUAUUGCGUAGCCUGUGGCCUUCAUCGCGAUACCAGCACACACGCGCAACAAAUAGCUUGGAUGGCCCUGAAAAUGAUACAAGCGUGUUCUAAUCAUUUAACUCAUAAGGGAAAACCAAUAAGGAUGCGCAUUGGCAUUCACACUGGAAUGGUGCUCGCAGGGGUUGUAGGGAAGAAAAUGCCUAGGUAUUGCCUGUUCGGGCAUAAUGUUACCUUAGCGAAUAAAUUCGAAUCCUUAAGUGAACCACUUCGCAUUCAUGUUAGUCCAACGACUUACGAAUUGCUGAGAUGCCCCAUAUCAGGAUUCGAGUUGGAACCACGUAGCGAAGAAUUCUUACCAAAAGAGUUUCCAGCAAACAUUGAGGGACCGUCUUACUUUCUGAACGACUACAAGCACAAGGAUGUCGAUGUAAAUCUUCCGCUCGAUAUUCACAUUCAAAACGCGAUCCGGAAAUGCGAUCUUGGCACCAGCACGUAGAUACUCGACUAAACUAUCCCGUCACCAACUGUGCUGUCGCUCGUGAAUGUCGCUGUACCAAUCGCUACUGUCCGUAAAACCACAAUAACUCCGGUUACAAUCUGACUUCUAUGAAUUUACAAACUGGCACCGAGUAACGAUACUAAUUCUACCAGCCUGACGGCCACUCGACGGCCGAUAAUAUUUAUACGCAGAGUUUUAGAUUACAAUUAUUAUAUACCUAUGACCAUAUGA